CUCCCCCCCAGGUCGGGGGUUCUGUCCGCGGGGCCGGCGCCACUCGCCCCGAGCCAGGAGGACGAGCUCGAGGAGGAUGCCUGGGCCCGUCCCGCGCGGCCCCGGGUGAGGCCCGCCCGCGCUCCCACCGGCGCCAUGGGAAGGAGCGGGCGCCACUGCUCUUGCCCCCUGCCGGCGCGCGCACGACUUGAGCCCCGCCGCGGGCAGCCCCCGGCCGCAGGUGCUCGAGUGACGCUGGCGGCGCCUGGGAGCGUGGCGCGGGGCCGGGGCCACGUAGAGGAACCCAGUGUCCAGUGAAGCAGCCGAGGACCCGCCGCCCCGCCGCCGCCAUGGUUAUGUCCCAGGGCACCUACACGUUCCUCACGUGCUUCGCCGGUUUCUGGCUAAUCUGGGGUCUCAUCGUCCUACUCUGCUGCUUCUGCAGCUUCCUGCGCCGCCGCCUCAAACGGCGCCAGGAGGAGCGACUACGUGAGCAGAACCUCCGCGCCCUCGAGCUGGAGCCCCUCGAGCUGGAGGGCAGCCUGGCUGGAAGCCCCCCGGGCUUGGCGCCGCCCCCACCACCGCAGCGCGGCCGCCUCGAGGCGCCAGCGCACGCGCAUCAGCACGUGCACGUCCAUCCGCUGCUGCACCACGGGCCGGCGCAGCCACACGCACACCCACACGCACACCACCACGCGCUUCCGCACCCGCCGCCUCCGCACCUCGCAGUGCCGCCUCGGCCUUGGAGUUACCCGCGUCAAGCGGAAUCGGACAUGUCCAAACCACCGUGCUAUGAAGAGGCGGUGCUGAUGGCCGAGCCGCCGCCGCCCUACAGUGAGGUGCUCACGGACACGCGCGGCCUCUACCGCAAGAUCGUCACACCCUUUCUGAGCCGCCGCGAUAGCGCGGAGAAACAGGAACAGCCGCCGCCCAGCUACAAGCCCCUCUUCCUGGACCGGGGCUACACAUCAGCGCUGCACCUGCCCAGCGCUCCGCGGCCCGCGCCACCCUGCCCUGCACUCUGUCUGCAGGCGGACCGUGGUCGCAGGGUCUUCCCCAGCUGGACCGACUCGGAACUCAGCAGCCGCGAGCCGCUGGAGCAUGGAGCUUGGCGCCUGCCGGUCUCCAUCCCCUUGUUCGGGAGGACUACAGCCGUAUAGAGAGGGCACCCGGCGUUCCGGGCCCCACCCGCGGACUCAAGGCCUGACUGCGGGGCUUUUUAAACGCUUCCCUUGGACUGCGGGGACGGGAGGGGAGGGAGGGAUUUCUUACCCCGUUUGUUACAUUUUGAGGA